AUGUUCGCUCUAGUGCUAUUCGACGAUGAUGUUUAUUGUAUCUGCAAAGAGACCGAUAUAAAUACCAAAGGAGACAAAUGUAGUGUUCGAUAUAAAGGGUCCCGAUAUGCAGGCAAGGUCGUGGCAUUAAACGUACAGAGGAGUGAGCUUACCGCGUUGAAGUUAAAAUUGGAAAGAGAACAAUUAGAAAUCGAAACCGAUUCUCAGCAAGAUAAUGGUAAUAUAAAUGGUCCAGCGACAGAUCGAGGAUCUGAGACGUCGUCUAAUCAUGAAUUCGCACGUGAAUUCAGUUCUUCAAGUCAAAAAACAUUUAUAGAAGAGAAAAAUUCUCAAAUCAUUUCAACGAAAAAUUUACUGGAAGAAUGUAAGUGUAUCACUCUCAAGAAGCCAGUUGAAGAGGGAGGAAAGCAUUUAGCGUUGGAAACGCACGAGGAAGCGGACUGCGACGUUCAAACCGAUUCAUCGACAGAAAAAAAUAGUGUUGCUUCGACAUCGGAACCGGAAGAUGAGCAUCACCGUAUCGAAUCAGAAAUUGGCGGAUCAUCACAGCCAUUAUUUCCGUCGUCCCCGAAUUCUGAUCACGUAUUAACCGAGCUUGCUAGAGUCGGCACAUCUAAUCUCAAUGCAAACUCAUCGGAUUCUAGUCUUAUUUUCACCUUACCGAUAAACGUAACACUCGGAGAUGACGAUCUCUAUACACCCUUGACUGACGAUGAUAAUUGGGUUUGGAAAGAUGACACAUUCAACGUGUAUGAGUGCGAGGCUCCGUUAAAUGAACGGAACAAUACUCUAGAACCAAAUCCAGGGAAACUCCAACACCCCGAAGAUAUUUACAAUGCUGCUUCAAUUAGUAUAACUGCACUCAGAGCGUCCAAUCCCACACCGGAAAACACGUGUACGGAAGUUGUUUCCACUGAGCUAACACUUCCAAACCAUAGUAAUCAUGAAGAAGAAGAUGAUCCGAAUUCUGAUACGGGCAACUGCUUCAAUGAAUCAUCUUACGUGCCUGAUUCGAACACUUCCGAUGAUAGUACUAAGGAUGAAAACGAAGGCACGACCGCUGAUGAUACGGGGAGACGACUCAUAAGUUCGUGUAACGCAUCUACUGACUUGGACGCGUCACUCAUGGUCAACAAAGUAGGACACAGCGCACCAGACGAUAAUGAAAUGUUCGUAAAAACCGUUGAAUCCAGAAUCAAAAAGGACUUCUGUAUAUACUGCCAGAAAGAGCAAGGAAAAUUAAGUCGACACGUCAUAAGACUGCAUAAGACUGAAGAAGAUGUUGCGCAAUUCUUGAGCUUUGAAAAAGGUUCGGGUGAGCGAAAGAAGAUUACGGCUAAAAUUCGAAAAAGGGGGCAAUUCUUUUUCAAUACUAAUCGCUCGGUAAAUACCGGUGAACGGAAAGUCUCCAGACGACCAAAUGCGAAAUAUGGCAAAACCGCGACUGAUUUCGUAACGUGCCCGUCAUGUCUCGCGGAUUAUGAUAAGAGCUCUCUUCGACAUCACUACAGGCGCUGCGCUCAACAGAAUUCUGCAAAAUGCAGAAAUAAACUAUCGACAUCGAAAAAACUCAUUGGUCGGAUUCACCCACAAGCCUGUGAUAUUCUUCGCAAAGGAGUGUUUCCGACGAUGCAGGAAGACGACGUAGCGAAGGACAUCCGAUAUGACGAACUAGUCAUUCUCUUCGGGAAUAAGCUAUGUCAGAAGUAUAAAGACCCGCACUUUUACGAUAUGAUUCGUCAAAAGUUACGUCAACUUGGAAGGUUCCUUAUCGAAAUAAGGAAGCGUGAGAAAAACAUUCAUGAUUUUCUCAGCGUUUUCUAUCCGAAAAAUUACGAUGCCACGAUCGCUUGUCGGUCUGAUUAAAUCCCAAACGGGUUUCAAAGUACCUUUACUUGCCACAUCACUCGGAACUCUAAUCAAACAAAUCGGAAAACUCUGCGUUUCAGUAUGAAUCAAGAGACAAAACAAAGCAAACCAAACUUAUGUAGAAGAUUUUAUCAAGCUUUUAACGGAUGACUUCACAACCAGUAUUGCUCGCACUGCUCUCGAAACUCAAGCGCAUAGGAAGAGAAAAGUGUAAACCGUCCUACCAUCCAAAAACGAUAUACAAAAAUGACAAA